GCGAUAAUACUAGCACUGCGCGCUGGCAGCUGUAAGCUACGUGUACACAAAGCUUACAGUUCUCGAAUGCCAGACAGAACUCUCAAAGUCUUGGUCAUAGUAAAAACCCUAUUUAAAACGCGAUACAUGUAUGUGGGAAUCAACGGGAGAAAAGACAAUUACAUUUGACUUUAUUCUGUUGAUCAAUAUUUGAGGAACAAGAUGAAGAUCAACGUGAAAGUACGGGGAGAAUGGAUCCUUAUUCCUUGUAAAGACAACAACAACACGACAUCAUGGUUGGGAAAGGAAACGCUUUCGCGAUACCGUUCUAUGAAACAAUACGAUGAAGAAGAUGAUGUUUCCGAAGUCAGGAAAACUCAAGGAGGAAGUUUGCUCUAUCCAGAUGACCUACUUGUUGAUAUUCUGGAUGAAAAUGAUUUCGUCCAUAUCGUGUUGAAGUCAGAUCUGGCCAACAAGACAUGCCGAACUUCAUUUGACAGGAAUGAUUUGAAUGGAGGAUUUUCACCAGACUCUUCACAAAUAUCAAGUACUGGUGGGGCAGAUUCUCGUGAGAUCCUCUAUCUGGACGGAGGUAGUUUGACCUCUGAUGACCUUGUUAAACUUGGGAAAGGUCAAUAUCAGAUCAAGGUAUCACCAGUUGCUUGGGAGAAAGUAGCAAAGGCUAGAGAGCUUGUGGACAACAUCAUUAAAGAAAACAAAGUUGUUUAUGGCAUCAAUACUGGCUUUGGGAAGUUUGCUCGAGUUGUGAUUGAACCUGAUAAACUGAAAGAACUCCAAGAGAAUUUGAUUCGUUCACAUUGUGUUGGUGUUGGUAGACCCCUAUCCCCAGAACACACCCGGAAGUUGCUAGCCUUGCGGAUUAACAUCCUAUCCAAGGGAUUCAGUGGCAUCUCAGUUCAAAACCUGGAGAAACUCAUUGCUGCAUUUAAUGCUUCCUGUCUGUCUGUGGUGCCAUGUAAGGGAACAGUAGGAGCUAGUGGUGAUCUAGCUCCAUUAUCACACCUUGCGCUAGGCAUGAUGGGAGAAGGAAAGAUGUGGAGUCCAAAGAGUGGAUAUGCUGAUGCCAAAGAUGUUCUGAAAGCACAUGGUUUGACUCCAAUAGAACUUGGACCUAAAGAGGGCUUAGCUCUGAUAAAUGGCACUCAACUUAUUACUUCACUUGGAGCAGAAGCUGUUGAACGGGCAUAUGCCAUUGCUCAACAAGCUGAUGUGAUAGCUGCCUUAACCCUUGAGGUCUUGAAAGGAACAACCACUGCCUUUGAAAGUUGUAUCCAUCGUACUAGACCUCACAAGGGACAGAGAUUGGUUGCUAAACGAUUCCAAUCUAUUCUUCAUUCUGAUGUUCAUCCAUCAGAGAUAGCUAUCAGCCAUCGGUUCUGUGAUCGGGUCCAGGAUGCAUACACCCUCAGAUGCUGCCCUCAGGUUCAUGGAGUGGUGUGGGAUACAAUUGAAUUUGUCAAAGGCAUCUUGACCACCGAGAUGAAUAGUGCUACUGAUAAUCCUAUGGUGUUUGCAGACCAACACGAGAUACUGUCUGCAGGUAACUUCCAUGGAGAGUAUCCAGCCAAGGUACUGGACUAUCUUGCUAUUGGGAUCCAUGAACUGGCAAGCAUUAGUGAACGUCGUAUUGAGAGACUCGUCAACCCUCAUCUGAGUGAGCUUCCUGCAUUCUUGACCAAAGAAGCAGGUCUUAAUUCAGGUUUCAUGAUCGCACACUGCACUGCAGCAGCAUUGGUAUCAGAGAACAAGGUAUUGACUCACCCAAGCUCAGUUGAUUCUCUAUCUACUAGUGCUGCUCAAGAGGAUCAUGUCUCUAUGGGAGGUUUUGCUGCAAGAAAGUGCCUUGAAGUCGUUGAGCAUGUUGAACAAGUACUUGCUAUUGAGCUGAUGUGUGCCUGUCAAGGUAUAGAAUUCCUGCGACCACUGACCAGCACUGCACCUCUGGAGGCUGUUCACAAGUUGGUUAGGAGCGUUGUCCCACCUCUCGAGCGUGACCGUCAUCUUUCACCCGACAUGGAAGUCAUUACCAACCUACUCCGAGAAAAUAAGGUUUGGGAGGUGGUGAAACCAUACAUGGAUACUUACGAGUCUGAACAGCUUAAAGAGACCAAGGUCCAUUCCCCAACAUCUAGCAUUCUUGGAAAAACUACUCGCUCUAACAAACGUAAGCGAACCAAGAGUUUAAGCAAAGCAGAAAAGGCCUAAAAGAUGGAUUUUACAUUUAAUGCAAUAGUUUGCCAAAUAUUUGGUAAAACACAAAACCAGAACAUAUUUCCAUUCUUGUUUGAUGCAUGUAACAAGAUUUGUGUACCUUAAUGUCUUCCAAUUCAUGUUAUGGAUAAAAGCAUGCUGCCAAAGAAGUAUAUUGUGAUUUUUCUCUUCCAAAAAUAUAUUGUAAAUUUGCAAUAAUAAAUGUUUAUAAAAGAACAAGGCUGAAGAAUUGGCUGAAAACAUGUGCAGGUGUACAUAGAAGGCUAUAUAAAAGUGUACAAUGGCUGAAAACAAAUGCAGGUGUACAGAGAA